UCCGGUUCUCCCUUCACCCAUUCAUUCUAAACCCUAGCAGCCUCCCUCCCACACAAUUCCUGCAGAUCCAUUUGUUGACGAGUUUCAAAGGUUAGUACACCAUAUUCUUUUGUCUCCCAAUCAUCUCUUUAUUCUCAAAUAAAAUCCCUAAAUUGCUCAUCCUCAUCUGCCGACUAUCACAUACAUCGUUCUAAACCCUAGCCUCUCCUUCACCCCCUAUCUAUCUAUUGCAAUCGGUUUACAUGGAUUAGAUUAAAUCAGACGAAUCAUUCCCAUUUCGAUCAGUGGCGAUCAUGUCUGGAAAGUAGCGGGUGCGUGUGGUGUGUUAUGUUUGGUUGUAGGUCUCCUUAAAGUUUAUCUUACGUUGUAGGAUUUCCAAGAACACUUGAAGAUCUUCAUCUUCUUAGUUCAGGUUAAUGAAGUCAUGGUCGUAAUGGAAAGUGCAAGGGCGAAGCUUCAUAGGAGCCAGGGGAUAUAGGUAACACGUCAGAAUAAGAUCUGAAUUACAUGAAGUGUUAGAUCCAAAUGGUUAUACCUUCAAGCCCGGUUGGAAAGAUAUAUUUGGGAUGAAUGAAAAUGAGUUUGAAUCAGAAAUGAGAAAAGUUUCCAGUGAUCCGAUUCUUGAUCCCCGAAGGAAGGCUUAUCUCAUGCAAAACCUUAUGACCAGGGAAGUGCCAGAUGAGGUAUACAAAAGUCUGGAUGCAGUUGGUGAAGGUGAAAACUGGUGGGAGGCAGUUAAGUUGCAGAAGCUGAUAUUGGCUCAUAAUGAAAUUCAGUUGCUAAAGGAAGACAUAAGAAACUUACCGUUGUUGUCGGUGUUGAAUGUUAGCCAUAAUAAGCUUUCUCACCUUCCAACUGCUAUAGGAGAGCUUAAAUCACUUGAGGCAUUAGAUGUGUCUAAUAAUUUGCUGAAUGAGCUAGCUGAAGAAGUUGGAUCUGCGACUGCUUUGAUAAAGUUUGAUUGUUCCGGCAACCAAAUUAAGGAUCUUCCUUGCUCUCUUGGAAACUGUCUAGAUUUAUCAGAUCUCAAGGCAUCAAACAAUCGCCUCACCAGUUUGCCAGAAGAACUUAGCAAUUAUUCAAAAAUGUCAAAGUUAGAUGUAGAGGGAAAUAAGCUGACAACGCUAUCUGAGAAAUUGGUUGCAUCAUGGACUUUUCUCACUGAACUUAUUGCAGCGAAAAACGCACUUACUGAUAUCCCAGAGAGUAUCGGAAGUCUUUCACGUCUCAUUCGCCUUGACUUUCAUCAAAACAAAAUUGCAUCGAUUCCAUCAUCAAUAAAGGGCUGCUCUUUGUUAGCAGAAUCCAUCGACGACGACGAUUUCUCGGCUAGAUUAGAGCUAUGAUCAUAGCCUAAAGAGAGGGUUUACGUCUUUCUUCGCAUCAUCAUUCCCGAAUUCAUAGCAAGGGUGGCUUUCAAUUUACUUUUUUUGGCUAAAUGUUGCAGAUUUCCCAUGAUUAAUUUGAAGAGUAUGUUUGUUUAUACAUCAUAUAAUGCUUACCUUUUUGUUACGUAUGUAUGCAUAUAUCAAAAUAUGUGAUGUAUGUGGGAUUUGAAAAUAAUAUUAGGGGUUCUGGGAUAGACAAUGGAUGUAUAAGGCUUACUUCUUUGUAA